AUGUUGAAUAGUAAUGCUGGUACUGAAAUUGAAGCUUCAUAUCAAUCAUUUAUUCGUAAUCAAGUUGCUCAGCAAUCUCCACGUUAUGAACUUGAACAAUAUGUACGAAAUAGUUCAGAUAUAGACUCUGCUAAACGUUAUUUAGACAUGGCUAAUGAUGUUUUAAUAAAUCCUCAGCAGUCUCUAUUAUUAUUUCGUUCAUCAAAACUUAAUGAACAAAAAGCAAAUUUAUUAAAAUCAUCUCGUUACAGUAAUAGUUUACAGCAAUUAAAUGAUGAUCCAAGUCUACAAAAAUAUUUUUCAGAAACAUUGCAUGGUGCUCCAAAAAAUCCUAUCCAAGAUGAAGAAGAGUUUUUCAAUAGUAAACAAAAUCCAUCUCGUCCUCAAUCAAUUCAUCUUGCACAUAAGGAAAAAAAAUAUCAUGUUAGAUUUUUAAAAGAUUAUGAUGAACAUAACGAAUUAUAUCGUCGAAAAACUAAUCGUCAUUUACUUUUAAAACAACCAUUAACCCCAACAAAUAUUGAAGCAUUUUUUAGUACAGAAAAUUCUACUAUACAAGGUCAACCAUCGGAAUUAAAUGCAUCAAAUAUACAUCGUGAAAUUUUUCCACCAUUAUCUUUAUCUGCAUUAAAAGAAUAUCGUCCAUCUGUUACACCUAAACCACCACCAUCUCGAAACACAUCAUCAUCAACUAAAUUUCAACAACGACGAAAACCAAUGCGUAAAGCAGAUUUUAUAUGGAACCAAUCAAUUGUUUCAUCAACAAAACAUGAAUGA